UUUUAAGUGAACUGAAUCAGUUCACUCAAAAGAUUCGUUCAAACGAAUCGUUCAACGAAUCAACACUAAAACAGAAGCGGGUGGGUCGCCAGUCUUCCAGUCGGCUGCAUCAGAUGAACACGCAACUUAUGUAGCGACAACAGUAACGACGAAAGAGCCGCGUGUCACGGAGGUGUUCCUUCUCUGAGCCAGCCAUCUUCCACCAAGUGUUUUUUGGAGACCAGCGGAGCAACAAAGACAAUUCACCACACAUGUGUGAAAAUGUCUGCAAGGACCACAGCAAAGUACGUGGAGGAAAAGGACGGUACGCGUCGACGACAGGAACAUCUAUGCUUGCAGCCGAAUGUUGUGUUGCGCACGGCAGACAUCAGUGAAGCUCUUCGUCCUAAGCAGCAGGAGCCAGAGCACACGUGCAUUAAAGAGGAGGAGGUGCGCAAAGAGGUCCACCACAUGAAUGAACAAAUGGUGCAGAAGAUUCUUUGCAUCGUAAAAGAGGAGAAAGAGCCAGAGCGGCCUUGUAUUACAGAGGAGGAUGUGGGCAAAGACGUCCACCACUUGAAUGAACAAAUGGUGCAGAAGUUUCUUUGCACCAUAAAAGAGGAGGAAGAGCCGGAGCGACUUUGUAUUAAAAAGGAGGGAGAAGACUCCUGUGACAUUAAAGAAGAGGAGGAGGAUAUCUUCGAGAUGCUAUCGGCUGGUGUUCCUGUGAAGAGUUUAGAUGAGGGUCAACAUGAGGUGAGCAAAGGCGUGGAGUCUCCAAGCUGCAGAUCAAGUCAACAAAUGACUCGAGAAGAUGAUGGAGACCACUGUGGAGGAUCACAAGCAGCUCAGCCAUUAGAUAGUGAAGAUGUGACAAGAACCCACACUGGUGAGAAACCCUUUUCAUGCUCAGUUUGUGGCCAAAUAUUCUCUGGCCAGGGAACUUUAAGAAGCCACACAAGACUCCACACUGGCGAGAAACCCUUUUCAUGCUCGAUUUGUGGCCAAACAUUCAGUAGGAAGCAAAGCUUACAAAGACACACCCAAACCCACACUGGCGAGAAACCUUUUUCAUGCUCGGUUUGUGGCCAAAAAUUUGCUCAGAGGGACCAUUUAAGAAGUCACACAAGAACCCACACUGGUGAGAAACCCUUUUCAUGCUCAGUUUGUGGGAAAAGAUUUACUCGAAGUGGAAGUUUAAAAACGCACACGAGAACCCACACUGGUGAGAAACCUUUUUCAUGCUCAGUUUGUGGCCAAAUAUUUUCAUUGAAGGGAGCUCUAACAAUUCACACAAGAACCCACACUGGUGAGAAACCUUUUUCAUGCUCAGUUUGUGGCCGAACAUUUGCUCAGAGGCACCAUUUAAAAGCUCACACAAGAACCCACACUGGUGAGAAACCUUAUUCAUGCUCAGUUUGUGGCAAAACAUUUUCAGGGAAGAGAAACUUAGAAAUCCAUACAAGAAUCCACACUAGUGAGAAACAUGUUCCAUGCUCAGUUUGUGGCAAAAAAUUUGCUCAGAGGCACCAUUUAAAAUGUCACACAAGAAUCCACACCGGCGAGAAACCUUUUUCAUGCUCAGUUUGUGGCAGAAAAUUUUCAGUGAAGAGAGCUCUAACAAUUCACACAAGAAGCCACACUGGUGAGAAACCUUUUUCAUGCUCAGUUUGUGGCCGAACAUUUGCUCAGAGGCACCAUUUAAAAAGUCACACAAGAACCCACACUGGUGAGAAACCCUUUUCAUGCUCAGUUUGUGGGCAAACAUUCUCUGAGCGGGGCACUUUAAAAAAGCACACAAGAAUCCACACUGGCGAGAACUCUUAUUCAUGCUCAGUUUGUGGCAAAACAUUUUCAGUGAAGAGAGCUCUAACAAUUCACGCAAGAAGCCACACUGGUGAGAAACCUUUUUCAUGCUCAGUUUGUGGCAGAAAAUUUGCUCAGAGGCGCCAUUUAAAAGGUCAUUCAAGAAUCCACAUCGGCGAGAAACCUUUUUCAUGCUCAGUUUGUGGCAAAACAUUUUCAGUGAAGCGCGAUCUAACAAUUCACACAAGAAGCCACACUGGCGAGAAACCUUUUUCAUGUUCAGAUUGUGGCCAAAAAUUUGCUCGGAGGCAACAUUUAAAACGUCACACAAGAAGCCACACUGGCGAGAAACCUUUUUCGUGCUCAGUUUGUGGCCAGAGAUUUGCUCGGAGGGAAGAAUUAAAAAGUCACACGAGAACCCACACUGGCGAGAAACCUUUUUCGUGCUCAGUUUGUGGCCAAAAAUUUGCUUGGAGGGAACAUUUAAAAGGUCACACAAGAACCCACACUGGCGAGAAACCUUUUUCGUGCUCAGUUUGUGGCCAAAAGUUCACUAGGAAGCAAAACUUAUCAAGACACACCCAAACCCACACUGGCGAGAAACCUUUUUCGUGCUCAGUUUGUGGCCAAAAAUUCUCUGAGAGGGUAAGUUUAAUCAGGCACACAGGAGCCCACACCUAACCCUGUUGCCUGCUCAGUCACUUGUCAAAGAGUCUCUAUUGAGAAUUCUGAGUGUCUCUGGGAGAUGAGCAAUGAUGCAUGAAGUUCUCACCUUCUAUUUGAGCAGACUUUGAGUUUAUGCAUCAGUUAUAAUUCUAUUCUAGUAUGUAGCUUUUGAUGGAGAUGCUGAACUCCUUUCCUUUACUACAGUGAGAAGUUCAUGUUUUAGUUUUAGUAAUGCAUUUGAAAAUAUAGUUAACCAGCCUCGGGAUGAGAAUCGUUCUGUAUUUGUCAUUAUAAUUGAUGUUUCUUUUGGUUGUGGUUUUUAACUGCAAUUUGUUUUAAUUCAUAUUCAGGACAAGUUGCUGAGUUUUUAAUAGUGUCUGUCUAGGGUUUUGUAUUCUUCAGCCUUUCAUGUUCAUGUGGAGCAAUAAAAUGAAAAAAUAAAUAGUGUUGGAUGUC